AAACCCAAGAAUUUUCAAGCCAUAAAAGAAAAGCAUGGAGGGGAAGAAAGAAAAUGUGAACACAGCUUUGUUUACAGCAGGCAUAGCUGUUUUAGUGGUAUGUUUGAAACGUGCUUUACUGUUGUUCCUUGUUCAACAAUGGCGGGCUUGGGUGUUUCUAGUGUUAAACCUGGUGCUUUUGGCUAUUUUUUUUACUUCCGUGAACCCAAAUUCAAGUCAGCAAGAAAUCAACAGAAAAGAUGAAGAAACGAAGAAGACAAGUGGGGGUUCGAAUGAAGUUGAAGCAUGCAAAGAAGAAGAUCAUGAUGAGGUCGUCAAUUCAAAGAAAAGAAGCAAAAUUGAAGAAGUUGAGGAAAUAGUAGAGAAACAACUGAUGGUUGAAGAAGAGGAGGAGGAGGAGAAUAUUGAGGCCCUAAAGCUGUCAAAGGAGGAACUGAAUGAGAGAGUGGAAGCUUUCAUUGCCAUGUUUAGGCAGCAUUUGGCUUCGGAUGCAAGAAAGGGAAGAAAACAAAGUGAUUUGAAGAAGAAGCACAUCAACCUUUCUGCUGAUGGAGUAAAUAGUUUUGUUUUGGAAGUCAGGUGAUAAUCCAACUGAUUUUGGUCCAAUUGAUUCAUUUAAUCGAUUUUAUAAAGUAGUAUUCAAUGAAUUUUGAAUUUG